CGCAUUCGGUUCGGCUCGACUCGACUCGGCCGUCGUCGGCGCCGCCACGGUGGUUCGUUCGGUUGAACGAGGGCGCGCUCGCGAGGCAAGGCGAACGUAUACUCGUUGCGUCGGAGCGGGUGCGCGUCGCGCUCGCUGCUGCUGGCUGCUGGCUGCCUGCGUGUCGCGGUGCGCGCUGCGCUGCACGAGCGACGGUGAAGGGUACUGCGAGUGGAAGACACGUCCGUGGCUGGCUAGGCGGGCGUAGGCGAGGUUCCGUGACGGCCGUUCGGUGGCGCAGCAGAAAUUCCCCGACACGGUUGGCGCGGGUUGGUCAGCGGCGUAGUGUGCGUGCGCCUACCGUCUCGCUCUCGCGCACGUCGCCCGACGCGAGUGUGCGUGGCUCGCGGCGUGUACGUGUACGUAUCUGCCCCGAGAGAGUCCGUCCGCGCCUCGACUUGCUGACAUGGCGUCCUAGUGUUGCGCACGGGCCCCGAGUUGCACGUCCUUACGCGCGCGCCACGGAAACGGAUCUUCUACUCCUCCCUCUCACCCCGUGUCGUCGUCGUCGUCGUCAUCGUCGUCGUCGUCGCCGCCGUCGUAGUCGUCGUCCUCGUUCACCCGCGAGGAUGCCAAGAUCACGAGUAAGACGGACACGAUAAUUCUUGGCCGAUGAGGAGCAGAGCAGCACGAGGGCGAGUAGUAGAAGGAGCAGCAGUACGAGCAAGAGCGAGCGGCUUCGUCGUCGUAGAAGGUGGUGGCGGUGUGGAGAAACAGAAGAAGGAACGAGGACGAAGUGGCGGCGGCAGCAGCGGCAGUGGCAACGGCGGCAAAGCGGCGACGAACAGCCAGGUCCCCCCAUGUUAGCGGACAUCAACGGCAACCUGGCGGAUCUGAGAAGCGAAGCGAUGGCGUCGCAGAGAUUUUGUCUGCGCUGGAACAACCACCAGAGCAAUCUGCUCUCCGUCUUCGACCAGCUGUUGCACGACGAGUCGUUCGUCGAUGUCACGCUGGCCGUUGAGGGCCAGCUACUCAGGGCGCAUAAGAUGGUGCUGUCGGCGUGUAGCCCCUACUUUCAGGCCCUGUUCGUUGGACACCCCGACAAGCACCCGAUAGUCAUUCUCAAGGAUGUCCCAUAUGUGGACAUGCGCAGCCUCCUGGACUUCAUGUACCGCGGCGAGGUGAGCGUCGAUCAGGAUCGACUGACCGCUUUCCUGCGGGUCGCCGAGUCCUUGAGGAUAAAGGGCCUGACCGAGGUGAACGAGGACAAGUGCGACUUGCCAAACAUCACGUCCUCGUUGCUGGGUGGCAAUCAGAACGCGGUGGCACCGCCGCCGCCCAGUCUUCAUCGUAUCAACCAAAUCGGUCAGCAUCAUCAUCAUGCUGCGCAGAAGAGGUUCCACCAUAUGUCCAGCCAUCCGUUGCUCGGCUCGGCGCUGACGGCGCCCAAGAGAAAACGCGGCAGACCCAGGAAGUUGAGCGGUUCGUCGGACACGCCAAUCAGCGAAGUCGGCGGCCAGGACCUGCAGUCCUGCUCUGGCGCCGAUCUAGUCCAGGGCUCGCCCGAGAUGAUGGAGAUGAAGAUGGGACUGGACUUUCAGAGCGAGGUCAGCGGUAACGGCAACGUGAGAAACGCCUCCUCUUCCAACAACAACGUCGGCGCCAGCUCUGCGUCGGCCGCCAAUAAUUCCGCCGCUGCCGCCGCCGCCGCCGCCGCCACGGCCUCCUCGGGAUCAUCGUCGGCGAGGAGAGACGAGCCUACGGAGAACGGUACCGACACGCCGGAAACGCCAGUCACGCGGGUCAAACGAGAACCAGAACCGACGCCCAGCACUUCGCAAGCUUCGGAUGAGACAUUCGCGCGGCCGCACAGUAGGCAAGGGAGUGAGGGUUUCAAGCAAGAAUUGGAGGAGACGUCGAGCGGCGGUGGCGAUAGCGGCGAGCCGCCGACUCAUAUCCGCAUCAACUUCGAGCGAUGCUUUCGCAAGGAGUUCAGCACGUCGACGCUGCAGGGUAAGGCCGCGUCGACCGCCACCGCGCUGGGCGACGAUCAGCAGCAGCAGCAACAGCAACACUCGGACACCGAGAUGGAAACGAAGGCGUUGUCGAAGGACAGCAUAAGCAGUGCCAUAUUUAGCGUGAUGGCCGGCGAGGCGGAGAUCAGUCAGAGCGACUUCGAGGGCUCGUUCAAGGCCGAGAACGAGCGCACGGAGGGCUCGGUGCGGGACUUCUGCGUCAAGGAGGGCGACGUUUAUCGGUGCACCGUGUGCCAUCGCACGUACACACACAUCAGCAACUUCUGCCGGCACUACGUCACCUCGCACAAGCCUAACGUCAAGUACUACCCCUGCCCGGUCUGCUACAAAGAAUUCACCAGGAAGGACAACAUGGUCGCCCACGUCAAGAUCAUACAUAGUCUUAAGCCGCACACAAGUCUCAGCAAUAAUAGUGGCAGCAGCAAUAGUAGCAGCAGUAUGGGUCAGCCGCGGUAGACCAUCGCCGGCUGGGCGCCCUCGUAUCCCGCCUCCUCCCUCGGACCGCGUUUCUCGGGCCUCGCGCAUGAAUCCGCGGUGCCGGGAAUGCUGUAAAUGACGAUAUCGUUCACGAUAUUGUACCAUGUCCAUGAUAGGAUAUUACGAAAUAGAUGUUUAAGAGUUCGACACCAACACUUUCUAUGUUACCGAGAGGCUUCGAUACCGGUGACUAACGGACAAAAAGGAUGAGGUUUCUAGAAUUGACGGUGUCGUAGAUUAUAAAGGUACCAAGGAAUUAUGAUAAGAAGAAAUGAUUGCGUCUAUGACGGAUGAACGUCAUACAGGCGGGUUCCCCUCGCCCGAUGCGCUCGCCAAGAAGACGAAACCGAAGAACGUAACGAUGAGGGAGGAGGAGGAGGAGGAGAUGGGAGGUUGAGGAGAGCUCGGAAAAAGCGCGAGAGAGGUCAGUGACGCCUCGAACGAAGUCAGUGCGCCUCUACGAGCGGACGCAGAGAUGGACGAUAGAUAUAUGCGAGUAAGCGAGUAAACAAAUAGGUAGGCAAGUGGCUGAUCUUACGGAGUGGCUAUGCCGAAAAUGGCCAGAGUGGGUGGGUACGCGCAGAACAGGUGGGUGUGCAAGAUUCAAAGCUAUGAACGUCGCCGGAGUACACAGUCUUUAGUUUUCGCGCGAGCGUUCGCCAUGGCAGUUUUUCCGGUAUGCGAAUUAAUCAUUUGCACGUUAAUCGCCUCUAAUCUACAGGGUAGACAUAUCCCGCGGAGGACGUGUAUUCGCCGUUCUAAUGUUACACGACGUGCAUAUUGCAUGAGACUAGCUCAAUAUCUUGAUACCAAAUCUAUGCCUUGGAAGAAGAGUCGUAUAUUCAGAUAUCAAACGCGCAAGUACUUUUCUACUUCCAAGCCGCAGAAUUUUCUUUUAGGGCCGCUUUAGAGACACGCGAUGAAUCGCUCAAAUGAUUAACGAAGCUGAUCCGCCGAGACGCAUCGACGCUGCGUAAUCCGCGAUGCGCGGGUCUGACCAAGUCCAGUAAUGCAUUACGACGAGUCAAGCAAUUAUUAAAAUAAUUUCUAUGCGAUACUUACGUGUACUAGCGAACUGUCGAUUGACGGUAUCCCUUUAGCAAAAAGGUCUCGUAGGCAGCUACGUGUAACUCGAACUGCCCUGAAUUUUAUCCCUGUUCCAGGUCCUCGCCCUGGUCCUGAUCCUAGCGUUAGUCCUAGUUAACUUUAUCAAUCUCCGUGCCUUCGAGGACCCACAAUGCGCACGCUUCGGCAUUUCGCGUUACGCAACGUCCGACUUCUCCAAGGAUCAAGCCUCGAUCGCCGGAAGCUUCGCGGGAACGAUUCGCGCGCGCGUAACAAGCAACGGGCAUUAAAGUUACAAAACGAACGAGCUUUAUCGCGCUCGUCCCGACGAGAAUGGGCGAGGCGGAUGUAAAAAGAAACGGGAGACGGAAGUAGGAAGAGGCUUUAUAUCGCAUCAUAAACAAAGAGUUUAUAUAAAUCUAACCGAUGCGUCGUCUCAGCGCGGUUCAAGCGUCGUACAACGGGUGAUCAGUUGUAAAAGAGAAACCGGUUAUCGCGUAGCAAAGUAGGGGGGGGGGAGAGGCAUCGUGUAAAUCCAAAUCAACGCGCAGAUAGAAAGAAAGAGUAUAUUUACUAUUGCCUGACUAUAUUACGUUGCAGAAAGAAUCAAACACGCCAGCUGACGUAGCUCGGCGAUACAUUUCUAUGAGGUGCGCGCGCGUGUUUUACGCAUCCUUCGUUCGCGUUCUUCAAACGCGGAUUUUUAUUCCUGGUAAAAAAAGAGGGAAAAACAGUUUUCAAUACUUGAUAGAGUAUCUCGAAGUUAUCUUCUGAAGAGGCCACAUAAGGUAAUCAUGUUUAGCAAUAAAAGAAGCUGAGCUCUUGCAAGUCGAGAUUGAGAAUAAUGAGAGAACACACCAAUUACAUAUAAUCAUUUGUUAUAUAAUUGUUAAAUUAUUGAGAGAACUUGAGUUCAACUUAUAGGAGACUUAUAUCGGAUGCUUAUCUUUGUAGUGGAAGAGGAAGGGCGGAAAGAAGGCGAACCAGGGUGAAACGUGCGCGCGUACGAGCGAUAUAAGUAAUAAGGAAACUACGUAGACUGAGUAAAUGCAAUAUAUAUGUAUCAAUGACCGUUCGCCAUGUUGUUGUUGAGCCGUUUGGGUCGCGGAGGACAAUGCCGCGUUGGCAUAUCCCGGGGAGCGGCGACGAAAGGGGCGGAGGGACGGUACGGGGGAAGCGCGCAAUCUCGCGAAAGACUGCAGAGGGACGGUUUUAACGACACCAAAUACAAGAUAGUACUGACAUUGGAUAGACUGAAGGCACCUUAGUAGUAACUUAACGCCGCCGUCAUGCCGGACCGUCCUGUGCCUGCUCGGCUGAGUCCACCUUCCGGAUGUCGACGUGAACAUCCGGAAUGCUAAGUGGAGAACGUGGUGAACCGGGGUGAUAACGCAAGAAUAGAAUGUUACUCGUAUCGGAGCUUGACUGAUGCUCUCUUAACUCUGCUCUUUCAAAACUUGUAAAGUUCGAAAAAUUGUCAAAUUUCAAGAACUGUCGCGUAACGUAAACAAUGAUUCCGCUGCGGUCGGAAUUUUAAAGGAAAACGUACAAAACUCGAUAGCGAGCUAGGAGCGACGCUUCGUGUUUAUCGCUGUGCGAAUGGGAUACACAGCAUGUGUGCGUGUAUCACAUUUAUCAACGGAUCGUCGUCAUUAGUUCGGUGAAAGUUUUCGCCUAUAAUAGUUUUUCUAUCAAACUUAUUCCGCGCGAAUAGUAACUUCGAAUAUCGUGGCUUUUACUGUUUUUAUUUGAAAAUCAUCGCUCGCCCGGAGUUCACCAAGUUCUCAAGCCUAGCCUCCCCCGAGCUUUGAAUAGUCAGAGUACCGAGUCCAUGUAAUUUUUACACAUAGUUAGAAAUCUACGUACAUGUAACUGUUUUUAUCUGUUAUUUUACUCUUUACAAUUUCAAGUUUUGUCACGACAAUCGGAUGAGAACGUUGUCAUCGACCGAGACAGGUCGCAUGGUGGUGCGGUAAUGACGGUUAGAGGCUUAGUCGCGAGAAAAAGCACUAAAAGUACGAGAUCGUAGCUUACUAUAUUUUGCACCUUACACUCCGUCGAGCGCCCUCCCUCCGUGAGAGGGGCGAGACGAUUUAUAUACAAAUUUUUCACUAGUUGGGCAUAGACGUUAGACGACUAGAGGCUACAUAAUAACUAUAAUAAUAAUUAUUAUUAUCACUACUACUAUUAAUCAGUUAUUACAAGUGACGGAGAUCUUCGUUGUUACUUUAACGCGCGGUGGGGUUGAACAGGCCCCGGUCGACCAGUGUUGUUCGUUCGUUAUUCAAGAGGUAUCUAGCGUUUGCAAAGAAGAUAACAAAAGAGUUGUAGUCGUAAGGGCCGGAUCGUCGUCGCGAGCGACAGUGAGCGCCGCGAUGUGACCUGGAACAAGGGCUCUCGCUCGUUUCGCGGAAGAGACACGUCGGAGAAAGUGGAGUAUCGCGUUUGAACGGAAACGUUUUUCGCGAUAUUGGAACGCUACCUCAAACACGAAGAGAUACGUUUUGUUAAGUUAGAGCACGAUCUUGAAGUGUGUUGGAGCAACGUUAUCGGGUGCCCUUGCUCCGCGUUUAUUCGAGGUGCCCGCUAAGAUCGCGGUCCGCGAUCCGAGCGUACUUUUAAGCGAAUAGAGAGUUCUAUAAUACCAGUUAGGGCAAAGGCAGCAAAGAUAGCGCAGUAGACAUAGGAGAACGAAAGGGACCUGUGACAUGGACAGGGGGUUUGUUGACUGAAAGAAACGGCGUGGGGGGUUGUUUCGUGAACGUUAAGGGAGACGGAUGGAUGGGUGGGCCGUGCCGUGGAUUUUCGCGCACUCAGGUCAAUUAUCCGCAAUAUAUUCGAAACUUCGAUGGACCAAAGAGCUUUUUACCGCGCGACCCUUGUAGAUUAUUUAUCCCAAGCGAGAGAGGACGGUGGCGUCCUGGAGAAAUCUUCCGCGAGUCUCGCAAGUCCAGGAUACGCGGUGCCAAUGGGAAAUCGGCAGAUCUUUUUCUCGCAAUUUGCGCAUCGCGGUGUUGCGCGAUGUUUCUAAAAAAAAAUUCACAGCCGACUGCAUAAUGACCGAGAUAAUUAAUUUAUCAAGUGGCAAAACAAAUUAAGGAAUCGCUCAUGAUUUAAAUAGAUAUAAUAAUUGAUAAUUCAUAUAAAUAUAUGAAUAUUCAUUAUUAUCGAAUUAAUAUCGAAGAAUUAAGACCUACGACUUUGAGGACAGGUCUUGUUACAAUUGUCAUAGUGUCCUAGAUUUUUCUUCAAGAUAAACCGCGUAGUCGGACAUUUGGCACCCAGUAUUCCUCGGGACGGCAGGAUCUCGCGCUGUCAGGUCAAUUAUUAUCCGCAAUAUUCGAAACCUUGUUGGACCAAAGAGUGUCUGUAAACGAUAGGAUUCCCGAACGCCCUUGAGAAAAAAUUCGCGCCAAGGGUGGAGCGAGGGGGGACGGUCACGGCCUGGUUCCACGAUGGGUUGUCACGAGCCCGUCCAACGUGUGUCCAGCGUGUGUAUGGGAUAUACGGCGAAAGGAUUCAAGGGAACUGAGUAGAUUUUCACGAAAAAAAAAAACAAAAAAGUGCAAAGAGGCAGCGGCUAGACAGCUUAUAUCGAUUUUUUUUAGGAGGAAGAGAGGCAAGCAAAUAAUAAUUAAAUACACUCACAUUUGAUAAUCACUGAGAGGCUAAGACUAACUCAAUUAAUUAAAGGGUGAGAAAGACGCGAAGGAUUAUCGAGGGAAGAGGAUCACCGGGGAGAGAAAAUGCCUGCAGGUCCUCUCGACGCGAUCGACAAUUUUUCGAAAGGUUUUUUUUUUUCUUUCUCCCGGGACGUUGCAAUUGUCUCGAUUUCGAGCGAGUUGAUUUUGACAGAUCGGAUUUAUCGUUGUUAUUGCCGUUUGUUGUUUGUUUGUUUUUUUUUAUCUUUUGCGACGGGGGACCUGCAGGGCCUCUCGUCGGUGUUGCGGUUUCUGAGGGAUUUUAUCUAUUUGUACAAUAAUAGCUUUGGUUCACCCUAGUCGAUGUCUGCGUGAGAAGCGCGCGAAAAAAAAGGGUGUGAGAACUGGAGAUCGCCAUGUCGGCGCAAUUUUAUCGUUCUCACCUUUUGCAAUUUUCUCUUCCGCGCUCUCAAAAACAAAAUCUACGUAUACCAAAGGAUUUACAUAUGUACACACAUACACGUGGUAGCUCAUAGCAAUUAUAUAUACAUAUACAUUUAAAACAUAUCGCUGAAAUUUCGCAAGACGCGUUUUUAGAAACGUCCCGUAGAAUGUAUUUACAAAAUCACACACACACACACAAGUUGAGAUCGAAUUUUUAGAAUGGGUCUCGAUUGGAGUCUCUGUAAGUCUUUCCGAGAUUUGUGAGAAUCUUUUUUACUUUUCCACCCUUUUUCUACCGUCGCAAAAUUUCAGUCUCACGGCACGCGGGCCGUCGAGCAUCCCGCAUCCGUGGCAAACGUUAUCACAUCCUUUCGUAGCAAUCGGAGCAGUUACAGAGAGCACUCCGCGACACGCGACGAUAGCACGCAGAACACGGCCGAUUCUCGGGCUCGCUCCGGAUUCCUCGUCGGCACCUGAAGGCUCGUGAUCAGGAUAAAUCGCUGUUAGAAGAAGCAUAGAUCGCGAAGAUGCAGCGGCUGAUCUUGAGACUCGUUGUUUAAAUUUAAAGGCGGUUUAAAAGGGAGGAGAAAUUCGCUCACGUUCGUUGCCUUCUCGACGUUGUUGAACUUUUCUAGAGUUAAGAUCGUUAAAAAGCGCUUUCAAUCGUUGCCAAUCGUGUAGGGUGGGGACAAUCGAGAGGAAACUGGGGAGAGGGGGCUUUUUGCGAGUCACCGAGGGUACAAAAAAAAAAGAAGAGAUAGAUAUAUAUAUACACGACGUCAGGUCCCCGUAUAUUCGUACAAAAUUAGUGUUCAAAUUGUAAAAAGUGUUCAUAAGUCAAGGGUGAGGUGUCGCGCGAGGGAUCGCUCUAUUCGCGCGAGGACGGCCGGGCCGGUGUCUGCGUACGUGCGCUGCAAAUCAUCGCUCGAGUUUCAUUGUCAAAAUCCCGUCUUUUUCCUCGAAAUUCACUCGGGCGCGGGAACCGCACGCGCCGCUUGCAAAGCAGACGAAAUCCGAGGAUGUUCUGCGAAUGACGUUCGGAAAUUGGAUUACGCGCUGCGGAAUUAGAUUUUGUUGAUAUUUGUUAAAUUGUACAUACAUUGCGAAAUUUUAUAGUGUCGUUGUGUCUUCAAAGUUUAUCGCCAAAUUCUAUCGCGUUCUCGUGUAUAAUUUGUUGGUCUCGUGUAAAAUUUUAUGUCGCGCGCAACAAGGAAUUUCUAGGAACUCGCGAAACGGUGCGCCGUCUCUGUAACUGCCUGUUGUCUGCGUCUCGAAGGGAGCGCAAGACCCAUCGAGGGGUUGGUGGCGUGUUGCGCUUCUCUACGAACAUUCUCACGCUCUCAUCGCGGGUGCGAUAGUCUCGCCGAUGGGUUUCGAACGUGUUCGCUUAGGGCGCGUUUUAAAUUAAUGGAUCUUGUUAGGGAGAGACGUAGGAAGGUGAAUGAGGGGGGGGGGGGUCGUGAAAAAUUACGAUAUAGAGCAUAUAUAUUAUAAAUAUAUAUAUUAUAUUUAUGCGAGCGCGUGAAUUCUUGUGCAAGGGUGUCGUGCCGGGAUUCUUUCUCGUCUCGUUUUACGUUCGUCCCUUCGCGAAAAGGGGGGGACCACCAGUCAAUAACAUUAUUGAUUAUUCUUAUAGAUAUCUCGCGCGACACGCAUCGUUGCAAAGAUAAGCCCAUCAUCGCGAAAGAAGAAAAGAAAGAAAGAAAGAAAUAGAGAGUCAGAGAAAAAGAGAGAAAGAGAGGAAGAUUAAUUUACGAGGCUUAAAAAGCAGACUGUACUAUCGAAUAGAUUUUAAUAUAAUAUAUAUAUAUUAAAUUUAAAAAAUAUAUAUAUACAUACACAUCUAUAUAUAUUAAAGAAAAGAAUCAUAGUUUAUUAUCGCAAUUAAAUUACCCACGGUACACGUAUACAGAGAACAAGUACGAGAGCGUGUGAGAGAGAGAGAGUGUGUGUGUGUGUGUGUGUGUGUGUGUGACAGAGAGAAAGAGAGA